AAGGAGCAGCAGCAGCAGCCUCGGCAGAGGCACAAGAGCCACCACCAAGGGAGGGAGAGAGAGAGGACUUCGGCAACAAGGGGAAGCACCGUACUCAUUGGAUUGGCAGGGAGGGAUUUAAAAAAAUACCUUCAAAAAGUUUGGGGAGGGAAAAAUUCUCCACAGUUGUGAGGACGAGUGACACCAAACAUCAUUGAUGCCGAGCAACAGAGGCAGGAUAGAGCAUGGGAGGAUGCAGAAGGUGCAACAAAUUUUAUCGGAAUUUCAACUCCGGAAGGAAGAGCUCCUGGAAGUGAAACGGCGAAUACAGCAGGAGAUGGAGAAAGGUCUCCGACUGGAAACCCAUGAAACAGCCAGUGUGAAGAUGUUACCCACUUAUGUGCUUUCAACUCCGGAUGGCUCAGAGGUGGGCGAUUUCCUGGCAGUGGACCUGGGAGGCACAAAUUUCAGGGUAAUGUUGGUAAAAGUGGGCAAAGAUGAAAAGGGAAGCUGGAAAAUCUCAACCAGCAACCAAAUGUACUCCAUUCCGACUGACGUCAUGACUGGCACUGCUGAAAUGCUCUUUGAUUAUGUUGCGAAGUGUAUUUCUAACUUCCUGGAUCAACACAACAUGAAACACAAGAAACUCUCUCUGGGAUUUACCUUUUCAUUCCCUGUCCGACACGAGCGAAUCGACAAGGGAAUCCUUCUGAAUUGGACCAAGGGGUUUAAAGCAUCUGGAGCAGAGGGGAACAAUGUGGUUGGACUACUCCGUGAUGCGAUUCAAAGGAGAGGGGACUUUGAAAUGGAUGUGGUUGCCAUGGUGAAUGAUACUGUUGCCACAAUGAUUUCCUGUUACUAUGAAGACCACAGCUGUGAGGUUGGAAUGAUUGUAGGCACCGGCUGUAAUGCUUGCUACAUGGAGGAAAUGAAGAAUGUGGAGCUAGUGGAAGGGGAAGAAGGGAGAAUGUGCGUGAACACAGAGUGGGGUGGGUUUGGAGACACGGGUGAACUUGAGGAGUUCCGUCUGGAAUAUGAUUGUAUUAUUGACGAGACAUCUAUCAAUCCAGGAUACCAGCUAUUUGAGAAGAUUGUUGGUGGGAAAUAUAUGGGUGAACUUACACGGCUUGUACUACUGAAACUGGUAAAUCAAAACCUGCUCUUCAACGGAGAGGCGUCUGAACAGCUGAAAACUCGAGGGAGCUUUGAAACAAGAUUACUCUCACAGAUAGAAAGUGACACAGCUGACCAGAAGCAAAUCUGUAAUAUUCUGAACACAUUAGGUGUGGUGCCAUCCCAAGGCGAUUGUGAAAUUGUCCAUUUGGCAUGCAAGAGUGUGUCGACGCGAGCAGCGCAUAUCUGUGCCGCAGGAUUGGCGGGCGUUAUCAAUCGGAUGUGGGAGAACAAAUGCAAAGAAACGAUGAGCAUCACAGUUGGAAUUGACGGAUCCGUUUACAAGCUGCAUCCCCAAUUCAAACAUAGGUUUCACAUGAUGGUCAGGGAACUUGCGCCCGACUGUGACAUCACAUUCCUUCAGUCCACCGAAGGCAGUAGCCUGGGAGCAGCAUUAAUCUCUGCAGUGGCUGGCAAGCUGGGCAGCUGAUCAGCCAGUAUCCUUAUAACUCUGCAACUCAACCCUCUGCUACAUCUGCAGUAGUUUUUUGGUCUGAAUAA